AUGUCUCCCCUAGUGCGUGUUUACCCCGGUGCGUGUUUGCCCUGGUGCGUGUUUACCCCGGUAAGUCUUUGCCCCGGUGCGUACCUCCCCUGGUACAUGCCUCCCCCGGUGCGUGCUUCCCCCCGGUGCGUACCUCCCCCGGUGCGUAUCUCCCCCGGUGCGUAUCUCCCCCGGUGCGUACCUCCCCCGGUGCGUACCUCCCCCGGUGCGUACCUCCCCCCGGUGCGUACCUCCCCCCGGUGCGUACCUUCCCUCGGUGUGUACCUCCCCUCGGUGCGUACCUUCCCCGGUGCGUGUGCCUCCCCUGGCAUAUACCUCCCCCGGUACAUGGCUCCCCUGGUGCGUAACUCCCCCCGGUGCGUACCUCCCCCGGUGUAUAUCUCCCCCGGGUACAUACCUCCCCGGUGCGUGUGUCCACUGGUAUAUGCCCUCCCUGGUACAUGCCUUCCCCCAGUGCGUACCUCCCCUGGUAUAUGCCUCCACUCGGUGUGUACCUCCCACCGGUGCGUGUUUGCCCCGGUGCGUGUUUACCCCGGUGUGUACCUCCCCCUGGUACAUGCCUUCCCCGGUACGUAUCUCCCCUGGUACAUACUUCCCCCGGUGCGUGUUUACCCCGGUAAGUCUUUGCCCCGGUGCGUACCUCCCCCUGGUACAUGCCUCCCCCGGUGCGUGUUUACCCCGGUGCAUGCUUCCCCCGGUGCGUGUUUACCCUGGUAUGUGUUUACCCCGGUGCAUGUUUACACCAGUAUAUACCUACCCUUGGUGUGUCCCUCUCCCCGGACUGUAUCUCCCCCGGUGCAUACCUCCCCCUAG